GCUGUUUUAUGUGGUUUUGACAUAAAGCAUAGUUUAGAAGCAUGUUAUAGCACUCAUGCAUUCUAGUGAGAUUGUGUGAGAAAGAGGUCUGAGGGUUGUGCGUAUAAAGAAAUGUUGGGUGAAUAUCAAGUGCGUCGGUCAAAUGGUUGUGUCGCCGUUGGAUUUAGAUGAACAUCGAUGGCCUUGUUUGAAAAUAGUUAGGGUCGGUGCGAUGAGUCUAGAAAGACAAGUAGUGGGGAUUGUUGAGAACGUUGAUGAUCUUGGAUAAAAAUCUAUUGGGGUCGAUGAAGUGAUUCGGUGACUCUGGUUAAAAUCAGUUGGGGUCAAUAGAAAGCGUUGAUGGUCUUGGAUAAAAUCAGUUGGGGACGAUGAAGAAUGUCGGUGACCCUGGAUAACAUUAGUUGGGUCAACGUACCUUGAAGGUGUCGGUCGCAGGAAGCCUUGUGAGAGCUAAAUUGUGGGAAUUGAGUGAGCUUGAGUAGAGAUUGAGUAUGCAUUACAUGAUGCAAACUCGAGGCUUCAUUUAUGGACCCUUUUGAUGAAAUUCUUUCUGAUCCUGGUUUCACAUCCCGAACUGGGGGUAGAUUUCAACCAAAGAUCAAACCACGUCCUAAAAAGCAAACUUUGGCUCCACAGUUGUCCACAGUAUCUCAAGAUAAGAAGGGAACAACAUCGGAUGCUAAAUCUUGUCAUGAUGGUAGAGGAAACACAAAAUCAAUCAAGUCGUCAUCCCAACUUCCUGUAAUAGAGGAGAACAAGGAAUCUGAAGAUGAUUUGCUCUUGGCUACCGUAGACUGUACGCUGCUUGAUUUGGAUUCUUGUGGUGGUAUUCUUCCUUCAGGUUCUACUAUCGAUGGUCCAGUUGGAGUAGAAAAUCUUACCGAUGAUAGCAAAAAUUCGGGAAUAUUGAACUAUUCCCAUUCAAGUGCCUCUAGAGCUCAUGAAGCUACGGUUCUGGGUCAAAGUGGACUAGGAUCAAUCCAGCCUGAGGAUGGGCAUUCCAAUGAUGGUAAAAUAGCAGGGCAGAAUACAGAUGUAUUUUAUGAAUUGGAAUGGCUAGAUGAUUUUCAUAGCCAACCAAAGAAUGAAGCAGAUCCUUCAAGCCUUAAGCAAGCAACAAUUUCCAAUGAGGACGGAGAUUUGGAUAAACAAAGGUUGGAAGUAGAGGAAUGUGGAGCAGGGGCUAAUAUCACCAGGGAUACAAUAAGUUCUGGGACCACUACUCCCUCUGAACAACCCGCUUGCAAGUAUAUACCAAAGCCCAAAAUGAGAAUUGCAGGAGACAGUUGCACACAAAGCUCUCAGCCAGAAAUCUCUAAUACGCUUCCACCAUCUCCACAAGUUAUUUCUUGUGAUACUAGGUGCAUGCAUGAAGCCUCAAUUGGUACCCAUUCAGAUGGUGUUCUUAAUGAUUCAUCGAUCAACUUUGAUGACUACUCUCCUGUCAACCAGCACAUUGAAGCACCUGUUAAUGUAGAGUCAUUAGCAUAUGACUCUUAUGGUGACAUACUGGUAGAUGAUUUUAAUUCAGAUGAUCAGGAUGAGAUGUUAAGAGAAGAGGGUGGUAAGAAUGGUGAAGAAGACCCUUCGAGUCGAUCAAAUAUGUCUCAGCAGCAAGAGAUGUUCCCCCCAGUUGGUGAAGAAAUUGAGCAUAGCAAAACUUCGAGGAAGUUGAGACAGCAGGUUUCUCAUCAACUUGAUGAUCCAGAAGAUGGUGUUGAUGAUUUCCCUAGUGAACGCUUUAGUAAUUGUGAUAUACAUGGAGAUGGCUAUAAAAAAAAUGAAACCUCAAAAGGACGUCGAGGAACAAAAACUAAAACAAAGUCAUUGAAACCUUCUAGUGAUAAUGAAAAACCAACUCGGAAGCGCAAGGAGGCUAAUAAAGCAGUUCCAGAUUUGCAAGCUGAAAAGCGUCCUAAGAAGUUCUCCCAUUCAACUCGCCGGAAUAGAAGGCAAGUAAACAAGGUUUUGCUUGAAACUCCGGAGGAUGAAAUUGACUUUCAAAAAAUAAGUUUUAGGGAUCUCAUUAUUUAUCACGAGCACAAGGAGAAAUUAGAGAAAAAAGAGGCAACCACAAGGCAAUCGGCAACCAAUCAAAGAACCGAUACUGUCGGUGAGGAGAUUUACAAUGAUGGAGAGGAAAGCCUUGCUGAUGAACAAGGUAGAGGUACCGAUGAUGAUGAAACGCCUGAUGUAGUUGACAUGACUUCUGCUUACUUUAAUUACCAUUCAUUCAUGGACAAAACAUCACGUACAAAGUGGUCAAAGCAUGAUACAGAACGUUUUUAUGAGGCUGUUCGACAAUUUGGAACGGAUUUUUGUAUGAUACAACAAUUGUUUCCAGGCCGAACACGGCAUCAAAUUAAACUAAAAUUCAAAAAUGAAGAACGUCAUCAUCCAUUUCGCCUAUCUGAUGCUAUAACUAAUCGUGCCAAAGACCACUCCCAAUUUUUAUCGUUGAUUGGGCAGCUGCAAGAAGCUGCUAAUAAGGCAAAACACGAGUCCAAUGAAGACGAGUUGACUGAAAUUUCUGGGGAUGAGGAGCUGGGAGAGUUGGCACCUGAAACUAACGAGGAAGAAGUGGCAAAACCUGGAGAAGUGGAGGACACAAAAAUGGAAGAAUUUGUUGGUGAAAUUCACAGUCCAUUGAAGGCUGAUGAAAGUGAUGAUGAUGACCCUCAUAGAUGGGAUGAAUAUAAAUUUGACUAUUAGUUAACCUUAUUUAUAAUCAGAUCAAUGCAUGGCUAUUAGAUUAUUUGUAUUGAUCAAUUGUUGGUGGGUGGCCCUUGGGACAUUCUUAACUUUUUGUUCAUAACCCUUGAGAUCAGAGUGUUCUAGUGUUGUCUAGAGGUGUAUAAUUUUUCUUUUCUUUUCUUUUUUUUUUGUAUAUAUAUGUGUACACACUUUAAAUAUCGUUUCCCUACAAGAUUUUCUGUCAAAAUAUAUGCAAGAAAUGUAGGGGACUAUAUC